AUGUGUUGGAUCGCAGCUUCAUUGUUGAAACACAAAGUUGAUAGGAAGGAAUCAAUUGAACUAGCAAAGCGUCACCUAGAUUUUAGUUGCAAGGAAGAAGAGGCAAACUAUGUGUAUUCAAAGUUGCGGGUAUUGAAGAAAAUGUUCUUAUCCUGGGGAGAUAAUAUCAAGGAAUCUGCUUCUUCACAAGAUCACAUAGCCACCACUGAAGAUAUUAAAAUUACAAAAGAGCCAUUAGAUGCAGGGGAGUCACAGUUAGAGGCAUGUAAUUUUAAAAAACUAAAAGUUGAGAUUAAAGAGGGGUCACAUGACCAGGAAUUUACUGAUAAACUGGUUCUUUUGCUGCAGGAAGAUGCAUUUAAGCUUAGAAUGGCCAAGGGGGAAAUGCUAAAAAGUAUUAGACGAGUCCAGCGAAAAUGUGAAAAGCGGAUGACAAAGCUCCUUCGAAAGCAACAUGAGGAAAUUCAGGAGUUUCACAGAUUUUGGGAGGAGAAGAGGUUGCAAUUGGAAAAAGAGCAUAGAGUCGAGUCAGCUUUUGUGCGUUCUAUACAUCAAAAAAAUUCAAUGCAGAUGGAUAAGCUCAAAAUGGUAGAUAAUGAGUUUGCGGAAAAAAUGGAAGAACACAAACACCAGAAGGAUAUAUGCUUUAAAGAUCUCGAGGCAAAGCAUUUGACCGCAAGGGAUGAGGAGAAACACAAGGUGGCUAAUUGGUUGGCAGAAAUAAAGUCCAGCACAAGUGAAGGUACAGCUCUCGAUGAACUUCCUUUGCAUGGAUCUGAAUGUAGGAACAAGGUGGGGUACUCUCGGGCAAGUGAACUUGGAGCUUGCAAUGGCCUUGAGAACGUUGCUCAUGUGCCUGAACAUCUUACAGAACAGAUUCCAGAUAGAAUUGUGCAUAGUACGCUGUUGAGUUGUGUGGCACCAACUGAUAUUACUAAGACUCUUCCAAAUGAAGCGUUAGGCUAUAGCAUACCCGCCGACACUGGAAGUACCCGUGUGAGUGUGUAUGAUGAUGAUGUGGAGACUAUGGCCACGGGCAGAGUAUCGGUUGAUAGAAUGGAGCAGCCCGACAGAGUAGGCAAUUCCACUGCCAGUUCUGAGAAUAUUGCUUGUGUGAAUCCUCCAUCUUCUGAAGAACAGCCACCAGAUGGAGUUCAGUCAAUUUUGAGAGGUGAAGAUGUUCCAUCAGAAGUGCCUGAAACUGUUCUUAAUGAAGUGGUGGGUGAUGUUGAUGCCGGAGAAAUAGGAAGUCCUGCUGUGGUUACCAAUGGAGAGAAUGAAGGAGGAAAUAAAAUGAGCUAUGAUGUAUCAAACGCAUUGAGAAUCCAUAGUGAUGGUGCCAAUGACUCCUUUAACACCGAGUCACCUUUCCUCGGGCCAUCAUUGAUAGAGUUACCUUCAGUACAGCCAGUUGGUACUCCUGCUUGUGAUGAUCUUUUGCCACAGUAUCUGGAGCACGAUGCAUGUUCUCCAGCAUCGAUAUGCAUUGAAAUUGGAGUUCAAGACGAAACUCUUCAUGGCAAUCAGAGUACGUUGGAACAAGGUCUUUCACCUUUGCAACCUGUCGAUGAUGGACCCAUUGAUCAGUCAAAUCAUCAUGCCCCGUUAUUAGAACCUCUUGAUAGACUGCACGAGUCACAGUGUAAUGACACAAGUGUGGGUCAAAAUCAGUGUGAUUUACCUCCAGCUAAUAGACUUGCUCGAGAACCUUGUAGUGAAGGACACAUCUCUUUCCAAAAUGCUGAGGCAUCUUUCCAGUUAGCUGGAAACCAAGCAGAGCUUUCAGAUAUGGCUGCUUCACGAACUGGGGCAAAUUUCGAAGUGCAUCCUCAGCCUGAUGCUACACAAUUACCUCUGGGGAAUAAUCAGCCCAACUUAAGUUCAACUAGCAGAGUUCAAAAUCAACCAAGUGGUGAGUUGCAUGCUUCUUUUCAAAAUGCUGAUGCUUCACCUCUGGUGGACGAGGUCAGAGCCGAGCUUCCAAAUCGAGCUGUUUUGCCAGCUGACGCAAAUUUGUCCAUUACACAAGGAUUCAACAACUUUCUAGCGCAAAGUGCACGCCAAGCAGCCUCCCGGAUGCCACCUACCCCUUUAUAUGCUGAUCCACUUCAAAAUGAAUUGGAAAGAUUACGUAAAGAGACGGAACAAGCCGUCAAGGUUCAUGAAGAAACGAAAGUGCGGCUGAAAUCUGAAUGUGACAAGGAGAUAGAAGAAAUUAUUGCUCAAAUUCGUAGCAAGUACGAGGCUAAACUUCAGGAGGCUGAGGCAGCAUUCCUACUGAAAAAGAAUAUUUUUGAUACAAAUCACAACAAAGUUCUCAUGAAUAAGAUAUUGGCUGAGGCUUUCAGGUCUAAGUGCGUGGAUCUCAGGUCUACCGGGUCCUUGGGAAUGCCACAAGCUAUGCCUUCUGGUUUGAUGCAGCAUCGACAUCAAUCAUCAUUGCAGCCUACACCAAGACCUCUCGUCAAUGGUUCGUAUCCGGCUGGCCAAGCUGCAGCCAGCCAGCAGAUUACCCCACUCUCUCCACAGCUUCACCAUUCAGCAGCACUUUUCGCAAGCAUUAUGACCAGACCACCUCAUAUUAGCCCCAUCACCCCGUCCACAGUCAGAGUUGCUGGUGAGAUUCGUGCCCCAGCACCACAUAUUCAACCUUUCAGACCUGCAUCCAUGUCCACUGCCAGUUUCACAUCCCUAACACCUGGGAUACCUUGCCAGCCGGCACCAAAUAACCUGCCUGCAACUUCUCCAUCGCAUACCCAGCUUCCACCACCACCAUCAUCAUUACCAACCAAUCACUCUGGCCUUUGUAGUAGGCCUCCCCAGCCUGAAAAUGCUGGAGGCUUGCCACCACCAUCAUCAUUAGCAACCAAUCACUCUGGCCCUUGUAGUAGGCCUCCCCAGCCUGAAAAUGCUGGAGGCUUGCCAGCUCAUAAUUUAUCGCUGUCUGCAACGGAGAUGCUUAUGGACAUUGAUAGUCGUUCUGGUGCACAUCAGCCUGACAUUAUGCCGCCUCUAGCAGAUUUUAGUACAACCUUUGAUUCAUUAGACUUAUCCGAGUUUGGAGCAUCAGGUAGCAUGCAAGUUAGCUCGGCCCCUUCUGCUGUAGUCGCUGAUGUUGUUUGUUUAUCUGAUGAUGAUUGACCUGCUGAGAUAGUUUGAAAAGUUGCUCCUUGUCUAACUUUAGUCAAUUGCUGGGCGUUGCAACCUCAUUUGUGGGAGAUCUCUUGUAAAUUGUAAUGGCUAACAAGAGAGUGCAUUUAAAAAUGUGCUUGUACAUAAUUGGUUUCUUAAAUCAAGAAACUCUCAGUUUUGUAUGGUUCAAUGCUUUCUUGUACUAUGUUACGAUGUAUAUUUCUACUUUUCUUUAAUUCAUUUGCGG